AUGUCGUCCCCUUCCAAGAUCGACCGCCUGGACGCUGCAGGCUCCGACGCUGGCACUCCCAAGACCUCCCUUGACAGGUCGGCCAAAACGCCCUCUCCCAAACCGAAUGCCAGCAAAGUUAGGGGCAUGGCCGCACGCUGGGAGACCAAGCCGGACACUGCACCGGCAGCAAAGGCCAAAGCCCAGCCCAAGCGUCUUAAUGCAAGGCGUCCGACCAUAAGUACGGCUUCUCCCCGCUCAGGCUCUCCCAAUGCUUUGGGUUCAAGGCCCGGUCCAGGUUUGAGCUCGCCCGGAGGUAAGCUCAGCAAGUCGCCCAUCAGUACCUCGCCCAACUCGUUCAAGUCCGUCGACCCAAAGUCCUUCAAACCGAAGAACGGCAACAGGCUGAGUGGAGGUUCUCUGUCUGCCAAGACGAACGGUACGGCCAUGACGCGUUCAGGCUCAACGGGUGCUACGGCAUCGGACGCACUGGCCCCCUCUGACGCGGACCCGGCAUCGAAGAGUGACACGGAGAGCUUUGUCUCGACCUUGAGCCCGAGCAAUGCGAACACGAAGCUGGAACCUAGUCCUUCGAUCAAGAGCGAAACACCCGACACGCCCACGGAGUUCGACAGCGUCCCACUCAACGAGGACGACCUGCCGGGGCCCGAGCGCAAGCCUAGCAAUGGAUCUAUCUCGCCUGUCAAGAUGAGCCCCAGCAUCGUGGCCGCCACGCCCGUGGUUGAGCCUGCUGAGGUCCCCUCUCCCGAUGUUGAACUGCGAGUCGAAUCUCCCAAACCUGAUGUGACCAACGAACCCGAGGAAGGCACUCCUCAGGCUGCGGCUACCUCAGGCACCGACACCGACCGCCUCUCAUCUGUAGCUUCCAACGGCGACAGUGCUUCGCCCACGACCUCACUCGCUCCGGAGCCGUCGCCUGUCAAGUCGGCUUUCAACUCCUUAUUCGGCCGUGUCAGCCCCUCCAUCUCCGCCACUUCUCCUACGACCACCACCACUUCCGAAGUCAAGGGCAAGGGCAAGGCCUCGGAAGAGACUGUUGAGGAGACAGCGAACGGAGCUACCACCCCAAAGGAUGCUGCCACGAAGAGUGAGAGCCCCGUCAAUGAGAAUGCCACAGGUGAGGGCAAGCCGGACACUCUCAAGGUUGAGACUCCGAAGGUCUCCACGUUCUUCGCAUCUGCGUCUAAGACCUUUGGCGGUUUCUCAUUACCUUCGGUGACUCUGCCCACAGUUGCUCGAACAUCCGAGUCAGCCCCUGACUCUGCCUCGAGCGAUAAGGCUUCUACCCCUCCGGUCACAUCUUCUGUCAGCUCGGAUAACCUAACCCCCGCAGACCCACUUCAGCAUCAGCCCGGCCAUCAGAAGACCGGAAGCCACAGUGCGGCCAACUGGCGCACGACCAUGUCCAACACCAUGUCAAGUCUUCUUCGUGGACAAUCAAACGUCACUCCUCCUCCCCCUAUUCGCACCGGAUCUAGCUCGGCUGCAUUCAUCCUGAAGCAGAUCGACUCUCCCACAUCGAUCCGUGAUCGCCGCAUCUCGCGCGAGGCCGGUGGCAACACAGCUCUUCGAGAGGGCUUCGAGCGUGUGCGCAACGAGAUGGAGGGCGCCGCUCGUGAGCUUCGACGUGACCGUGCCGCUCGCGGCUCUUCCCCGGGCGAAGAAGACGAGGUUGACUGGACCUUCUGGGGCGCCGUCGUUCAGGAUUACGAAGAGGUCGCCCGGACGCGCCCCAAGGAACUCUCUCGCGCUAUCCAGCAGGGUAUCCCUCCCGUCAUUCGCGGUCCUAUCUGGCAGCUCAUGUCCAGUGCCAAGGACACCGAGCUCGAGGAGACGUACAAAGCUUUACUCAAGCUUACCUCUCCGCACGAGAAGGCGAUCCACAAGGAUCUUGCCCGCACAUUCCCCAACCACCAGUUCUUCCAGGGUACUGGAACCGGACAGGAGAGUCUGUUUAUGGUCGUCAAGGCUUACUCCCUGUACGACCGCGAGAUGCCUGACGAGGAAGCGUUCUGCGUGCUGGUCCGACUCAUGGACUCGUAUAACCUUCGCUCGCACUACCUUGCCGAGAUGCCGGGACUCCAGCUGCGCUUGUACCAGUUCGAUCGCCUCGUCGAAGACUGCCUUCCACUUCUUCACAACCACAUCGUCCGGAAGGGCAUUAAGAGUUCCAUAUUCCCUCUCGCGCUUGUAUACCGCGUGUUCGACAUUGUCCUUGCUGAGGGCACCGAGGCCAUGUUCCGGUUCUCGCUUGCUCUCCUUCGUCGAUCGGAGGACGAGCUUCUGAAGCUCAACGAGUUCGAGGACAUCCUGCACUACUUGUCCGGUGACUUGUUCGAGGUCUACCGCGCCAAGGAAGGGGAGCAUGUUGUGGAUGAGACCGAAGGCCAGCCGACUGCCGCUCAGGGCGAGUGGCGCACCAACGACUUCGUCCGUGACGCAUACGAUGCGCGAAUCACGCCGCUUAUGCUUGACGCUUACGAGAGCGAGUGGACGGAGAAGUGCCGGGCUCAGACGGCGCACUUGCGCGAGGUCGAAGCUCUGCGCUCCGCCAACCGUCAUCUCAGCGCGCAAGUCAAGUCGCUCGAGGCGAGCGUCGCGGCGAUGAACACGGAGCACGUCGAUCUAGUCAAAGAACUUGUUAUGGCCAAGAUUGCUAGAGAGGAGAUGGAGACUGAGCUGGUCAAGUACAAGGCCAUGUGCGCCCAGCUUGCCCAAGCUCAGCCCGGAGAGAUCACACCUCCCUCACGACGCUCCAGUGACAUUCCCCCACCGCUCCCAAGGAAGCAAUCGCCGCGCGGUAGCCCGCUGCUGAGCGGUAUGGGCAGCGCAAUGCCCAACAUCAAGAGGGUCGCAUCUGCGCUGUCCCAACGCAGCAACACGUCCAACACGGAUUGA